GCUGUUCACGUGUAUCUCUACUGAUUUCUAUGUGAUGUCCAGCACUGCACAGAGAGAGAUGGAUGUGAACCCAGCGGUGGAAGUCCUGCAUUAACACCAGAUCAUAAAUAUAAAACUCCCAUUUAGCUUUCACUGUCUAUGCUUUCUGAUUUCUCAAUCCGGAUUUGAUCCAACUAAGGCAUGGACACCAGGGCACGGUUAGAGAGUCGACUGACAGAGUAUGUCAAAAACACACUCACUUACAUCGAGACCGUAAGAGUUUUCUGUGACCAAGAGCAGAGCUGGACGUCUGAGAGACGGGCAGAGCUUGAGAAGUUGAGAGACAUCAGUGAAAAUCAUCAUCAGGAGGAAGACCUCGGUGCUGUCCUCACAGACACAUUAGUGGGGCUGAAGAAACUUGAGUUUUUCCUGGAAGCAGUGGAGAAGCUUUCACUGACCUCGAGUCAUGUCUUCAGCGGACAGGUGUUCCUGCUGCAGGGAAAGAGCCCUGAAAGAGUGCAGUCGCUCAUCACAGAUGCCAGGAUAGAUGCUCCUCUCCUCAUCCACUUCAGAAGAGAUGCAGAAACCUUCUUCAGGCCUCUAAUCGAGAACGUGAAUGUCCUGGUCUUCCAGCUACAAAACUACGUCCUCAAAACAGAGCAACUUUGUAGGAGAGUAAAACAUAAUUCAGUCGAGUGUGCAGACAUGUAUAAAUUGAAGACGGAUCAACCUUCAGUGCUGCUCGUUCUGGACGCAAGCGAGGACGAGAUGAAUCUAAUGCUUCAUCAUCUGAACCAGUUGUGUGAAAUCAGGAUGAACCAGGACACACGGCUGGCGUUCCUCUUUCAGGAACAUGCUCAGGAGUUCAUUGCUGUGUUCGGUGAACGUCGCUCGAGUAUGAGACAGUUGCUGUCAGAUCUGGAGGAGACGGCCGUUAAACUGGACUCGAUGAAGAAGGGGGCCAGUAUAUCCACUGUGGUUGGUAGUUCAGUGGGGAUUGCAGGGGGUGUCUUGUCUAUUAUUGGGAUCGUUCUUGCCCCGUUCACUGCAGGAGCAUCAUUGGUUUGCACCGCAUUUGGGGCCGGUCUGGGGGGCAUUAGUGCAGUCAAUACUAUUGUAACAGAGGUCACUGAAACACAAGUCAACAGUCGGCAGGAGCACAAUGCACAAAGUUAUUUAAAGAGUUACAAGGAUGAUAUGAUAAAGAUUGAAGAAUGUUUGAAUGAAGCGGCCAACAGUGAAGGACCUUUAGUGAAGCCUAGAGCAGUGGAUGCUAAGACCAUUUUAACCUGUGUUGGAGAAGGGGUUAAAGAGCCUGUGAAUGUGGCAGAUGCAAUUGCAUCUUUAAGAGUCCAUAAAAUGGAAAAAGCAACUGCAGCAGCAACCGAGAUCGUAAUGCAGGAUUUAAAUACGGUUCGUGAUGUACCGCAGGUGGCUAGAUACCUGUCCAGGACGGAGCAGCUGGCAAACGUCAAGACAUUGGCGACUGUAAAGGUUGUUAGAGGUAUAUCUGGCUUCGUUAAUGCAUUCUUUAUUGGCCUGGAUGGCUAUUUGAUUUAUGAUGGAAUUAAAAGUCUUGCAAACGGGAGUGAGAGUGAGGUCUCUAGGCUCAUCCGCUCCAGGGCAACUCUGUGGGAAUCUGAGCUGGAGGCCUGGGAGAAAAUACACCAUUCCUUAUCCACAGGAAUAAAGACGAUCAGUGAGAGCUGGGAUACAGUGAAGAGACCAUUUCUUCCUUAGUUCAUCAUGACAACUUGAUUUUAGCAUGGUAAUGGAUUUGAAAAUGUUAUAUCUAUACGGUGCUGUGAGUAUUUAAGACACACUGCUGCCGCACAAAUAGCAUAUAAAAUACCCACCAACUGUUCAACUCUCAUCAGUUGUUGUUGUUGUUGUUUUUUGCUCUUGUUGCAACAGAAUUGGUAUCUUAAAUGAUUGGGUCCAUUAUAUUAAUAUAAAUAAGCUACUUAAUUUUUUUCGACUGUGGAAAUUAGAAAAAUAAUUCAGGCACAUUUCAAACAGAAAGUGCAAAAAUGGUCUGAAUAUGUCUCUUCCCGAUCAUUUAAGGUAACUACACGAUGGUGCCGAUGUUGAUGGCAGCUUUAGGACUCUCUGAUCACUUGUUGGUUCAUCUUUUACCGUCCUACAGGCAGAAACUACAAUCAGCUAAACCUGUAUUAAGGACUGUAAAAAGAUGGACUAAUGAAGUUUUGACCUCACUGAUUGGAGUGUUUUUGAACCGAUCUGGAUGAACUCACAGAGACCGUAACAUCAUAUAUCAGUUUCUGUGAGGAUAUGUGUAUUCCUACAAAGACUCAACUAAUUUACAAUAAUGACAAACCGUGGUUCACUUCAAAACUCAGACAGCUCCGUCAGGCCAAAGAAGAUACUUACGUGAAGGGGGACAAUGUCUUGUAUAAACAGGCUAAAUACACACUGGAAAAAGAGAUCAAAGUGGCAAAGAGGAAUUAUUCUGGAAAAAUUCCAGCGACUCAGCAUCACUGUGGAAAAGUCUGAAGGGGAUCACGAAUUACAAGACGAAUCAUCGGUACAACCCUCCCUUCUAUUCAAGAACUGUACUUAUCCAGAGUGAGGAAAAGGGCUGUCAAAAUCACUCUGGACCCCUCACAUCCAGCACACUCCCUCUUUGAACUGUGUCCAUCUGGUCGACGCUACAGAGCACUGAGCACUAGGACGACCAGACACAGGACCAGUUUCUUCCCUCAGGCAAUCCAUCUUAUGAACAGCUGAUAAUAACUGUGGAACACACAAACACAAUUUUUACACUCAUACACUUAUUUAUCUAACACACAUACUUAGUCUACACUUCAAAUCUGCACAUAAUAUACCUGUACAUAUAAAAACUGGCUUUUGUAUAAUACCUGCCAUACAAUUGUCAAUUUGUAUAUUGUUAUUCCUUACUUGUUCUAUUUUUUAUUCUUUUAUUAUUUGUGUUUUUGUUCUGUUGCUGUCAUUCUGCUGCACUGGGGAAGCUUCUGUCACUCAAGCAGAUUCCUUGUGCAAUAUAUAUGCAAUAAAGCUCAUUCUGAUUCUGA